AUGAUCGGCCGUAUGUCCGAAAUGAUGACCCGUAUUUCGGUGAUGCCGAUUUUUGGGAACAAAAAUCAAGUAAAGACAAGAGAAAAGGAACUUGAAGAUGAAAAGAAUCUCUCGAAACGAGCUUUGAUGGAAAUUCAAUUCCAGUUGGACGAUCUUUAUCGUCAACGCGAUUCUUCUGAUGUCAAUAUGGCAAACUUGGUGUACAAAAUCGGCCUUGAAGCUGUUUUGGGAGGCCCUGUCGUGAUUAAAUUCGCGGUCAACGAGUUUUUCGACAUUCUCAUCCGCUCUGUCGAAGAAUGGCAGGAUGAUGUUAUGCUACAGUUAAAUGCGUUGAAGACAAUAUCAGCUCUCUGCUCAAACAACAAAGAAGCCCAAGAUACUUUUCUGACUAGCCAAUUUGAAGAGACGCUCAUCAACUUGAUCGAAAGUGGCGGCAAAGCCAAAGAAAAAAGAGACGUUUUUGAUUUUACUACGAGAGGCGGUUUGAUCUCUUUUUUGAUCUUCAGAGAUAUUUUGAAGAGCGACAUGACUUGUUGGGAAAAAAGCACAAGAGUAGUCGGGAAACUGCUUCAUUCUCAUGCUUUUCAGGCGAUAAUAUUGUUCCUGGUCUUAGUAGACUGCGCCGUCAUCGCAUGUGAAAUCGUUUUUGAUGAAAAGGUCAAAACGCACUACGAUUACUGCUCGCCCAAUGCAACUACUUGCCAAGACGAAAUAGACUCAAAACAGACAAAGAAGUGGAAGAAUAUCUACAUGAGUCUGUACUAUACUAGUCUUGCUUUGCUUUCUAUUUUCGUCGUUGAAGUUAUCUUGAAAAUCGUUUUUACUGCGAAGAAAUUUCUAAAGAGUUGGAUUCACAUUUUCGAUGCUUUAAUUGUCAUCACUUCUUGGGUUUUGAUGCUCGUUAUGCUUGACAAGGAAGGAGUCUUAAUUGAAUUAAAGAUUCUUCAAGAUGUCAAAAAUGGAAUGAUUGCUGAAUUCCUGAUCGCCUUCCGUGUAAUUCGUCUUGUUCACGGAAUGAAAGAAGCCAUCGAAGAAGGGAACGAGAUCGUCCAUGAAAAACUUCAUGAAGAACUUCACGCACUGAAACACGAGAAUCGCGAGCUAAAGGCGCAAUUAGCAGCUGUGACGGAUAAAUAA